AUGGAUCUCCCUUGCACCCCGUUCCGCGCGCCGAACGCGAACCUUGGGCUGUCCCGGCUUGGUGAGGUUCGUUGUCUGAUCAUCAGAAACCACACACAAGCGGGAGGAAGAGCAGAUAAGACACCAUCAGCCGUCUGGAUCCCAAGUCGAAUCGGCGUAACGGAGAAACGGUACUUUCACAAUGCGUACAUGUAUGAACCUCCUUGCGAAGAUGUCUUGAGUCGUUGCUUGACGCCAGGCUCCUACGAAACAAGAGCCAACAUGUUUCACAAGGGAGGCUGGGGUCCCAAACAUAGCCUCGAUGCCACACCAAGUGCACAGCCCAUAGCAAAUCAAUCUGAUGCCCGUGUGUAG